AUGUGCCGGAUCAGGUUGUGGCUCAGGUCCAGGCUCUCGAGGCUGUCACUGUUGGCAACGCUGGCCGGCAGACUCGAGAGACUAUUUUGGGAUAAAUUGAGCAACGUAAGUUUCCCACAUAAACCGAAAUCGAAAUUCCGGAAAUCCCCAGUCAAGUUGUUGCCGGAGAGGUCGAGCGAAGGCACCGGACCAGUUACAAAGCCCGCCGGUAAAUCCCCCGAGAAGUGGUUAUUGGAAAGGUCGAGGGUGGUGAGCCUGGAGCAGGACGAGAUGGAGCCCGGCAGCGGCCCGGACAGCCUGUUCCCCGAGAGGUCGAGCAGGUUCAAGUUCUGGCAGCCGGAGAGGAUCGAGCCCGCGAGGCCCAAAUCCGAAAUCUGGUUGGCUGACAAAUCAAGCUGGGAGAGAGAGGGCCCGAACACGAGGCUUCCUCCGGGGAUCGAGUUGUGGGAGAGGUUACCGGAGAAGGAGUUGCCGGCGAAAAGGAGGGUGGUGAGGCCGGUUAACGGCAUUAGGUCGGUUAACUGGAGGCGGCCCGUUAGGCCCACAUUCCGGAGAUCGAGUUUUCCGACCCGGCCUUGGUCGUUGCACGUGACUCCGUUCCAGGAGCAGAGCGCGUCGGAGGAAGUUGGGGCCCACCCGGCCAGGAACCGGUUCGGGUCGGACUGGAUUGAGGACUGCUUGAAGGCUAAUAAGGUGCCGGCUUCACCACUAUUAUCGGUCUGCUGCAGAUUUCGGGCCCUAAUUGAGCCCGAGAAGCAGAGACACAAUAAAAGCAGCAGGAGAAAAAAAGAUGAGGAGGAUAUUGGUGAUGGUGUUUCCACUUGUUUGUUCGUCGUCAUCUUCAAUCGGUGUGAACAUAAAUUUAUUUAG